GCGGGUCCCGCCGCGGCGCCCCUCGCUCCCGCCGCCGCCCGCCGCCCGCGCUAAGCCAAUGGACGCCUGCCGAGCCCCUGGAGAAUUCUGGAUACCAGCUUUGGACGCCUAAAGUUUUUCCUUCUUUUUGUUUUAUUACCAUUAUUCUCAUUUUUGGAGGGAGGACGGGGGCAGAUUUGUCGCCGCCACCAACGUGAGAUUUUUUUUUUUUCCCCUUGAAGGAUUCCUGCUGAUAUCUGCAGAGUCGGUUAGAGUGAAAACGGCGCAUGCCUUCCUGGAUCCGUAAAUUCUGACGUAGCCCGUGCAUCUUAAAAACCCCUAUAAUAACGCCUAGGCAUUUAAGUUGCUAUGGUCAUUCUGAUCUCAAACCAAAUGGAGAAACUACGGAUUUUUUUUCCUUAUUACGGUCGGAUGGGAUGAAGACCUUCCUGCCUGCUGAGAGCCGGGGAAUCUAUCUGUAGAGAUACAUAGAUACGUUUAUCAAUAUGUCAGUGUGUGAGUAUAAAGUGGUGGCUUCUUAGACUAUCCGUGGUUUGACCUUGAACCUGUGCCAGUGAAACAGCAGAUGACUUUUAUUUAUCCAUUUAAUGGAUUGAAGAAAAGGACCUUUUUUCUCUCUCUGGAACUGCAGUAAGGGAGGGGAGUUGGAUAUACCUCGCCUAAUAGCUCCUGGGUUGGCACCAUCAUUAUUGUUUAUCGCUGUGCUCCGAAAGCCGAGUCUUCUGAUGGCUCCCCUAGGUGAAGUUGGGAACUAUUUCGGUGUGCAGGAUGCGGCACCGUUUGGGAAUGUGCCCGUGUUGCCGGCGGACAGCCCGGUUUUGUUAAGUGACCACCUGGGUCAGUCCGAAGCAGGGGGGCUUCCCAGGGGACCUGCAGUCACGGACUUGGAUCAUUUAAAGGGGAUUCUCAGGCGGAGGCAGCUCUACUGCAGGACUGGAUUUCACUUAGAAAUCUUCCCCAAUGGUACUAUCCAGGGAACCAGGAAAGACCACAGCCGAUUUGGCAUCCUGGAGUUUAUCAGUAUAGCGGUGGGCCUGGUCAGCAUUCGAGGCGUGGACAGCGGACUCUACCUCGGCAUGAAUGAGAAGGGGGAGCUGUACGGAUCAGAAAAACUAACCCAAGAGUGUGUAUUCAGAGAACAGUUUGAAGAAAACUGGUAUAACACGUACUCCUCGAAUCUGUACAAACACGUGGACACUGGAAGGCGGUUCUAUGUCGCGUUAAAUAAGGACGGGACCCCCAGAGAAGGAACGAGGACUAAACGGCACCAGAAAUUCACACAUUUUUUACCCAGACCAGUGGACCCCGACAAAGUACCCGAACUCUAUAAGGGUAUCCUAAGCCAAAGUUGACAAAGACCGUUUCUUCACUUGAGCCCUUAAAAAAGUAACCACUAUAAAGGUUUCACGCGGUGGGUUCUUAUUGAUUUGCUGUGUCAUCACAUCAGCUCCACUGUUGCCAAACUUUGUCGCAUGCAUAGUCUGACGGAGGCGUGGAGGGGACAUGCUGAUUUUGUUCUCCAGGCUCGUCCUCUCUCGGGACCCCCUGCCCGCUGCUGCCGGGUGGGUGGAGAGCAGAGGGCAGGAGGCCGCAGGGUGAGGGGGUGAGUGGGGCUGCGGAGAGGAGGGAGCAGAGAGGACCAGCCGAUGCAUGUGGGGAUAGAUGCGCUUUCCCGUCCGGUCUCUUGUCCUUCAUCCUCAUCAGCAGAGCUGCCACACCUGGACGCAUCGGGAUCUGGCUGGCGGCCCGAGGCGGGCCCCGCUGCAUUUUCACAGGCAGGAGGGUGCGGUCUGACCGACAGGACUUUCUCGGUUCAUUGUCACGGGUGUCAUCCCAGUGAAUUUAAAGCAAAGACCUCUUAGUUAAAAAAAAAAAAGAAAAAAAAAAAAAGAAAAAAAGUUAAAUUUAUUUAUAGAAAUUCCAAAGGCAACAUUUUAUUUAUUUUAUAUAUUUAUUUAUUCUAUAGAGUUUAUUUUUAAUGAAAUAUGUACAGGCCAGAUAGGCACUUUGGAAGCUUUAGGCUCUGUAGGCAUUAAAUGGCAACGUCGGCUACAAACCUGUGGCAUAUUCAUGCAGCGAACGUGGCGUGCGUGGAUGCGAGACACUCAGAUGGCCCUAGUGUCCUAAAGGCGACAAUCGCUUUUGUGCCCGUGUUAUUGUAAACUGAUGCAUACCGUUCAUGACACUGAGUGUCCACUCUUCAGACUGCUUGUUCCAUAGCUUAUCCCAGAGGAUUAAAGAUAAACUGGGUCUCAAACUUUUA